AGUGUCGGUUUCGGGCCGGGGCUCAGCGACUCCCAGCCCCGGGCUGCGUGCGCUGGCGGGGCCCGGGCCAUGACGAUGAAGCCGGGGAUGGUGAAGCAGCUGGGAGAGGAGGCCGAGGAUUCAACUGCGGGGACACAGGAGCCUGGAAGCGGGGCCGAGCUGCUGGCCGUGGGCUCCAGCAAAAUGAAUGGUGGCGAUAACCCGGGGCCGAGGGCAGACGAGCGCCGGGGAGCCGGUCUCGGUUGGGGCCGAGGCGAGAGCGGCGCUGGACGCGAGGAGAGUGUUGCCGUGUUGUCCGGGCCGGACGGCUCUCUCUGGGGUAAAGUCAAGAAACCGCCGCCGACACCGCAGGCGCCGGGCUCGGGGCCCAGUCAGAGCGCCCGCCUCAAACACAUUGUGUUAUUGCAACUCGACCUGAUCGAACAGCAACAGCAACAGCUGCAGCUGAAGGAGAAGGAAAUCGAGGAUCUGAAGACGGAGAAAGAGACGCUUCUGGCUCGUCUUGAGCGAAUGGAGAGGAGGAUGCAGCUGGUGAAGAAGGAGAAUGAGAAGGAUAAACAUCGAUUCAUUCAAACUACUGAAGGGAGUGAGGAGAAGAAUGCAACAGAACUGGAGAAAAUCCAGUCAGAGCUGCAACAAACCACCCCAGAACAACUGCUGACUCAGUCACAGAGCAAUCGGACAGAAACAUACUCUGGGAAGGGUUCUAAAAGGAAAUCUGUAUUGGGAACAGCAGAAAGAAAAGCACCUGUAAAGAAGCUUGCAGCGGAAUUCUCGAGAGUGAGGACAAAACUGACCAAAUCCUCUCCAUUCAGGGCAACUUCCAGCAGCCCUUUAUCUGAUAAAGUUUCAAAGCGAGAACUUCGAAGUAAAGAGACCCCAGAGAAAUCCAAAUCUCAGCCAGAGGGAAUCUCCAAGCCUUCUGUCACAUUAAAGACUUCAGCUCCAGCCAGUCAAGAUCAGGCUGUUUCCAAUGACCUAGAGGAAGAACCAUAUCUAUGUACCACAGAGAUGUACUUGUGUCGGUGGCAUCAACGUCCGCCUUCCCCUCUCCGAGAACCUUCACCAAAGAAGGAAGAAACUGUUGCAAUUCCAUCCUGGAAAGAAUACUCGGCAGAGCCCCUUGUAGACAUCCAACCUGAUGAAAUAAUUGAGAAUUUAGAUGACAGUGCGUUCACAAAAAGACAUGCAAAGCUUGAGCUUGAUGAGAAAAGAAGGAAAAGGUAA